AUAAUACUGUCAAAAAUAAGGAAGAAUCUUAUUACGUUAAAGCGUGUUCACAUUCUGUUCUUGUGGUUUUGUUUAAUGAACCCUUAUAGGUUUAAUGAGCAAGACCUAAGUAAUAGAUUUCUAAACGUAUUAACGCAGUUUACCCAUGAGCAAGGGAGGAGGUAAACAGUCGCGAGGAUGAGGCGUUUGUCGAAAAAGAAGGCUCUGAGCCUGGUGAAGGAGUUGGAUGCUUUUCCAAAGAUCCCGGAAAGCUAUGUAGAGACAACUGCUACCGGGGGAACAGUGUCUUUGAUAGCAUUCACUGCCAUGGCACUGCUUGUCUUCUUUGAGUUUUUUGUCUACCGAGAAACCUGGAUGAAGUAUGACUAUGAAGUUGAUAAGGAUUUUUCCAGCAAAAUGAGAAUAAACAUAGAUAUCACCGUUGCCAUGAAAUGUCAGCAUGUGGGUGCAGACAUUCUGGAUCUGGCAGAAACCAUGAUCACAUCUAAUGGUCUUCGCUAUGAACCUGUGAUUUUUGAGCUGUCUCCACAACAAAGACUGUGGCACAGGACUCUGCUGCUGGUCCAGAACAACCUGAGAGAGGAGCAUGCCCUUCAGGAGGUCCUGUACAAGAGUGUCCUGAAGGGAUCCCCCACUGCCCUGCCCCCCCGGGAACACAACCCCACAGAGCCUCUCAGUGCUUGUAGGAUCCAUGGGCAUGUUUAUGUCAACAAAGUAGCAGGGAACUUCCAUGUCACAGUGGGAAAGCCUAUCCAUCAUCCUCGUGGACACGCACACAUAGCUGCCUUUGUCAGCCAUGAUACAUACAAUUUCUCCCAUCGGAUAGACCAUCUGUCUUUUGGUGAGGAGAUCCCAGGCAUCAUCAAUCCUCUGGAUGGCACAGAGAAAAUCACAGAUAACAAUAACCAUAUGUUCCAGUACUUUAUCACAGUAGUUCCCACCAAGCUCCACACAUCCAAGGUGUCUGCAGACACACACCAGUUCUCUGUGACUGAGCGGGAGAGGGUGAUAAACCAUGCGGCGGGCAGCCACGGCGUGUCUGGUAUUUUCGUCAAGUACGACACCAGUUCUCUGAUGGUGACGGUUAGCGAGCAGCACAUGCCACUCUGGCAGUUCCUGGUACGACUAUGUGGCAUCAUCGGGGGCAUAUUCUCCACCACAGGAAUGCUCCAUGGACUGGUUGGUUUCUGCUUUGAUGUGAUUGGCUGUCGCCUCAAACUGGGUUCAUACAGACCCAGGGAGGCUCCAUACCCAGGCAGCCAGAUAAAUAACCAUGCACCUCUCCUAUCAGACGACACUGCAAGCGAGUAACCAGCCUGAGCUGGAACCUGGGCCUCCUGUCCCCUGCUCUGGGGAACCUGGGCCUCCUGUGCCCUGCUCUGGGGACAUACAGGAAGUACCAAAGCACAAGAAUGUUCAACUGACAGACUUUCAUACAGCUUCUGUAGACCCCAUUAUCUAUGUUUUAUUUUGCAAUUAAAGGACAGCUGCUAAUUUUGUAUGUUUUAUUUUACCAAUUAAGACGAAAAUGAAAAUUGUUUCUUGAAAUGAAUAUCUUGGGGCUGUAAACGUCAGGUGUUAUUAUUCUUUGUUCCAAGUCAUUGAGCAUUUUAAUUACAGUGCACUGAUAUGGAAACAAGCUGUCUACAAUGUUACACUUUCAUAUUUGCAUUUUGACUGCCUAGGUAUUUUGCAGUAUUUGUUUUGGGUUUGUAGUUGUAUAUAAAAUUAGUUAUUUCUCACAUUAAAUACAUUUGUCUUG